AUGCCUGAGCACACCUCGGUUGAGAGCAACGAUGUUCCUUUUCGUGAUCUGCCACAAGAGCCAGGUGAUAAAAUCGUGCCGACUGUGACCAAGAAGCGACCAUGGAUGGCUCACUGGCCUCCUCGAUCGGGGCACAACACCGGUGUGUGGGCAACUUCCGAUAGCCCAUCAGUUCUCUCAUGGCGUUACAGCCCACAGCAACCGUUCGACCGUCCCUGGCGCUCCUGGACAAGGACGCCACUAGCAAAGCAGGAGAUAGCAUCCAAAGAGGAUAAGCCAUUUCGGACAGAAACACCAUAUCUUGAGACACAUACUAAGCCCAAACUCUCUAUUCUCCAUGAUGAGACACCUCCCCAUUGUUUUACCUCAAAUAUCGACCAAGAAAGUCAAGAGACCAAGAUAAGCCCUAUCCAGAUGGUAGAGUUCAACUACCUUGCACCUUUGCCUCUGUAUUGCCACGAGAAGCCAUAUUUGAGCAGACUUCCUUUCAUCGAAACUCUGAGGCGAACGAACAUCGCUACUCAACCAUACCCAGUCAAAAUUUGUGACAUAAGCGGAAGGGAAUCAGAUUUCGAACUAGAUGUCUCUGGCUUCUCCUUCACAACGUUUCCCUUUCAGUUUUGCGCCUGGAGCGACGAGUUCGUACAAGCACAAUAUAUACCAGCAUUGUCAGCUUGGCUCAAGCUCCAUUUUCAGUCUCCAAGAGUUGUGAUAUAUGCUUACAAUUUUCGUGGAAGUGAGAUGGCCAGAUCUGAUUCUGGAUCUUGGAAACCUCCAUUUUUCCGGGUUCACUGUGACGCGACGUCUGCGGCAUGUAAGCAAAGACUCAGUCUUCAUGACUGUCUACACACUGAAGAACAUACCCACAAGCGCUGGAGGUUUAUCAAUAUCUGGCGGCCUUUGACGGGCCCCAGGCAGGAUUGUCCUUUAGCACUUUGCGAUAGCAGAAGCGUUCAUAAAAACGACCUGGUUAAAAGCGAUAUCGUGUUCCCUCAUUACUGCGAUGAAGGCUAUGAACUGAUUUUUAACCCUGCUCACCGCUGGUUCUAUAAGGCAAAAAUGUCAACAGAUGAGAUAAUUAUGUUUAAACUUGAUGACAGCUCCUCUGAGGUCGCUCAAUUCUGUCCCCACUCGGCCUUCAAAGACCCUGAAGCAACACAGGAAACGCCUUCCCGUGUUAGUUUAGAGGUCCGAGCAAUCAUAUUUGAGGGAGAUUAA